AUGGCGACUUUGGAGACAGCUCACAACUACAAUCCGACAUUCUUAGGAUUGGGUACACAACUUGGUAUCGCCGCGUCUAUAUCGUUUUAUUGUUUAUUACAGUUUGAAUGGAACCGAAGGAAGAAAUCCAUGCAAUAUUUAUAUACGCCAAGAGCUCGAUUGGCAAAGAAUUCGUCACCUCCAAUUCCGGGAGGUCUCUUUUCCUGGAUUCCAGCAACAUUGUUUUUACCAGAAAAAUUCUUUCUAACGCAUGUCGGUCUAGAUGCAGUAAUGUAUAUUCGAUUUCUCAGGAUGGCAGUCGUCUUUUUGGCUUUCAAUGUAGUUAUAGUAGGAGCAAUCCUAUUACCAUUAAAUUACUACGGUGGAGCUGAUAUGAAGGGUGUCCAAGCGCUAUCAAUCAACAACAUCGCUGGAACGAACGAAAAUUAUUUAUGGGCACACGCAGUCUGCACAUACAUUAUAAGCGUAAGCUGGAUGUAUUUAUUGUAUCACAACUACUUCGAUUUUGUGAAAAUGCGCAAGGAGCAUUACAAGCAGAAAGUAAUAUCGGGAUCAGUGAGCAUACGAACAGUGAUGGUGUCUAGAAUACCUGAAUAUAUGCGAUCGGAAGAUAAGCUUAAGGAGUAUUUUGAAUCACUUGGAUUAGCACCAGUAGAAUCAGCAAGAAUUGUAAGACAUACAGGAAAACUGAAUAGAAAGAUCGCCAGAAGAGAUGACAAAUUGCUUGCGCUAGAAAAAUCACAUAUACUGUUGGCAAAAAAUGUCGUCGCUGCCGUUGAUACGAGAGGACUGUUGGGUUUUGGAAACGUUUUCCGAUCAUUUUUAUCCCGUAAAUCGAAAAAAGAAAGGCUUCCUACUACUGACAUUGAGGGUGAUGAUGUAUUAGAUAGUCAGUUACUGCAGUCUACGGCUGAGUGGAUGAGACGUCGUAAGAAUUCUAGCAGCAUUUCUACCGAAAAAUCGAGUUCAUAUCAGUCCCCUACAAAUACUUCAUCCGCUGUACAAGUUUUUGGGCGUGGAGGUUGUCGUGGCACGAUCUGGGAAAUUCUUUCUCAAACUCCCAAGACUGUUCUUGACAAGUACCAACCUACUCAUUGGCCCGGUUAUCUUACUACUGAUAACCGAGUACGGUCGAUUGACCAUUUUUUGAAAGAGUUUAAUCAUCUUGACAGACGUAUUGCUGAAUUAAGAGCGAAAAAUAUCACAGAAGGCCCUUACAGGCCUACUUCUACUGGGUUUGUUACUUUCAAGUUACAUACGACUGCUGCUAUGGCUGCUCAGAGUAUUGCGUGCUCCCGUCCACAUACGCUUACUACUAAGAUGGCGCCGGAGCCCAGAGACAUCUUGUGGGAUAAUCUGACGAAAAGAUUCAACAACCAGAUGGCAAGAUAUCUUGUAGUUAACCUUUUUGUUUGGGCGUUGACUAUAUUCUGGUUAUUUCCCAUUUUAGCCAUCUUAACUCUCACGUCUAUAGAUUCACUAUCAAAGCGUAUCUCUAUACUUGGACCUUUCCUCGAGGCUUCUCCGUUAAUUAAGGCUCUUCUACAGAAUGUAUUGCCUACCGUACUUGUCUCUAUAUUCAUGGGUAUAUUACCGUGGAUACUAAUGGAGAUAUCAAAGAGAGAGGCAUUUGCUAGCUAUUCUAAACUGGAAGAGACAGUAUUGAAGAGAUACUAUUACUUCUCGUUCUUCAACGUCUUUCUCGUGUUCCUGUUGGGUAUUACCUUCCUAGAAUCAAUCUUCGAUAUUAUUAACACACCAACAAGUAUCAUCCAAAUCUUGGCCAACAGUUUACCGCAGGGAGCAACAUUUUUCAUAAACUACAUUAUUUUUAAUACCUGUACCCACGGAUUAGAACUGCUCCAAGUCGGCUCUCAAAUAUUUCUUCAUAUUUUACUCACCACUCGCUUUGUUUCAUCAACACCGCGAAUGUUACAACGUGUGACGUCCCCAUGGAACUUCCAAUACUAUUAUUAUUACCCUAUGCAUAUACUCGUACUCGUAAUUACCAUUACGUACUCAACUGUCAAUCCAUUGAUUCUCUGCUUCUCCCUUGUAUAUUAUAGCAUAGCCUACGUAAUAUUCAAGCAUCAAUUCGCAUAUUGCUAUGUCAAACGAUAUGAAGCAGCCGGCAAAUUCUAUCGACUAGUAUUCCGGUACACAACUGACGGUUUAGUCAUAUAUCAAAUAACUGUUCUAGGCUUAAUAUGGCUACGUGGAGCUAUUGCCCCUGGUGCUUUCUUAGUGCCUUCGGUUGUGGGAACGCUCUAUUUUAAAUUUUAUUGUCACAAAACGUUCUACUCGAGGACGCAUUAUUUAGCACUAGACACUAUACUUGACUUUAGAGAGGAAACUCAAAGUGAAAAUCGUGCAAGCAGCAGGCAACUGGACUAUCAAAGCAAUGGUGAUAGAGUUGAGGAAAGGAAUAGAUCAGCCAUAAUAUCGUCGGCUUCUCAACAUGAUGAAACCAAGCCAGAUUCACAGAAAGCUUCCUUAGAGGCUUAUAAAAUAACAAAACAUUCGGAUGAACGCAACGAGGCAAUUGAUAUAUCGAUUUCAAAAUUACCAAAAAUAUCUAAUCAAAGAAAAACAAAUGACGGUUUUCAACGUCUAAAUGACGAGAAGAAUACUGAGCACAGUGGUAUUGAAAAUAACCAGACUGAUGCAACUUCUGAUUGUCUUACUUUAUCUCAGAAACAUUUAAAAAGUUCAACUACUCCACGUGGAUCGAUGGAUAAAAAAAGUAUGUCGCAGAAGAGUGAUAGCGAGAGUAAAUUGUUUAAUGGAAGGAGAGGAAGCAAGCCGCUUGUUAGAGCCAGUCGCCCGUUAUCUUUGGAUCUCACUCGCGGAAAUCGAGAUGACGGCACAGCUGGCGACAAUUCACCGUCGACAUUGAUAGCCAUCACCAAUCCUGGCACACCAGUAUCUGAUUCGUCUAGCACCAAAUUGGAUGUUGUGCAACAAAGUAAUGUGGACGUGAAUUACAUCGAGUCUGGCCCUAAGCCUGAAAAAGUUUCUGAACUCACAGUACCGCCUAAACCGGAACCAUCUCAAGCGAUUUCUUCAUAUACAUCCGACAAAAAUGUCGUGUUUGAAACUGCAAACUUGGAAAGAAAACGAAACUCGUCCAGACGCAAUUCGUAUCUUACGAGAAAUCGUCUACUUACUGCUCACGACCCAAGUCGUCAGUAUAUAAAUGAUGACUGUUCACCGUACCAAACAUACCUUCAUCCCAAUCUCGUAAAGGCACUGAAUCGUAAGCUAUGGCUUCCAACUGAUCCUCUUAAACAGAUCGCGAUAGAGGAUACGAUUGAACUUGAUCGAGCAAUAACUUCCAGCGAAGGUGGUUAUGGCACUGUUGGAUACUGGGGCGGAGUCUCUGGAUUUCUAGGCCAGGCGUUAAUUAGUCCUAACGAUACAAAUACAAAUCCUAUAUUUCCGUUCACCGAGCGUGCGAGCGAAGUUGAACAUCAAUGUCAAACAACAGGGCGAGAAAAUGAUGCUAAUGAUUGCGGGAUUGAGAUAAUGUGUGAUGCGGAGAUUGCGGAGCUGUCGGAAUGUGAAGGAAACUCGAGUGGGGAUUUGUCGAGUGGAGAAGAGUUUUGA